AGAGGUAACGGGAAAGCACAAGGGAUUCGCUUUCGCUUCAGCUGAGCGCCAAUGACCCCCGAGCCCGCACACCGGGGGAAGCCGCGCUCACGGCGGCUGCGGGGGACGGGGCAGGGCUGAGCAACGACGCCCGUACAGCCGCAAAUGUAUGACCCAGGACAGGCCCGUGAAGGCCUCGGGCUCCUCUGGGUUUCAUUUCACUUCACUUGGUGGCACCUUCAGAGCCCGCAAGACGAACCUCGGCCGUCACGGCAGAGGCCGCUGCCUCAGGACCUCCCACCGGAAAGAGAAGCCCCUCCCCCGCUUGCUGUCUCGCCCCAAAAAUGUGGAUGAAGUCGCCUUCCAGGAUGAAGUUGUUGCUGUGCUGAAGAAGUCCCUGGAAGGUGCUGAUCUUCCCAAUCUGUUGUUCUAUGGCCCACCUGGAACUGGAAAGACUUCCACUAUUUUAGCAGCUGCUAGAGAACUCUUUGGGCCUGAAUUGUUCCGGCAAAGAGUCCUUGAGUUAAACGCUUCUGAUGAGCGCGGAAUUCAAGUGAUUCGGGAAAAAGUGAAGGCUUUUGCUCAGCUCACUGCAUCUGGGAGCCGUUCAGAUGGUAAAAUGUGUCCUCCUUUUAAAAUUGUGAUCCUGGAUGAAGCAGACUCAAUGACUUCAGCAGCCCAGGCAGCCUUAAGACGCACCAUGGAAAAAGAAUCUAAAACAACACGUUUCUGUCUUAUUUGUAACUACAUCAGCAGAAUAAUUGAACCUUUAACAUCUCGAUGCUCCAAAUUCCGCUUCAAGCCUUUGUCAGACAGUGUCCAACAGCAGCGGCUGCUGGACGUUUCUGAGAAGGAGCAUGUGAAGAUCAGUAAUGAGGCAGUGUCAUACCUUGUGAAAGUGUCAGAAGGAGAUUUAAGAAAAGCAAUUACUUUCCUUCAAAGUGCCACUCGCCUAAUGGGUGGGAAGGAGAUCACAGAGAAGAUAGUCACUGAAAUUGCUGGGGUCAUCCCUAAAGAGACAAUUGAUGAACUGCUCUUGGGUUGCCAGAGUGGUUCCUUUGAGAAACUGGAAACACUGGCAAAGAAUCUCAUCAAUGAGGGGUUUGCUGUUGCUCAGCUUGUAAACCAGCUGCACGACACGGUGGUGGAGAGUGAAGAUUUCAGUGACAAGCAGAAAUCUGUCAUAGUGGAGAAACUUGCGGAAGUGGACAAAUGCCUGGCAGAUGGUGCUGACGAAUUUUUGCAGCUGAUGAGUCUCUGUGCCCUUGUGAUGCAGCAGCUCACACAGAACACCUGACUCCUCCAGCAGCCCUUUGUUCCAGGGGUGGCUGCGGCUCUGAGACCAGAGACCCAUGAACUUUUGUACUGUUUUUGCAAUAAAAGGACUGCUUCAGCAGUUGGAAAAGCUCA